GCUUUUCCCAUCCCCUUUAAAUGGUUCACGAGUAUAUAUAGCUAAGUCAAUAAAAUGUCCUUCCCCUUCAAAGUUAUCGAACACGUCCUCCCCGGUCAACAUAUCCGAGAAUAUCCCCACAGCAUCAGAGGCCGGCAAGAAACGCCUCUCCAGAUAGCCAUCAAGCAGUAUGUUCCUAUCGACAUCCAGCAGCCCGUCCCGGAAAAUGCAGUCACCAUCAUCGGUGCGCCCGGAAAUGGUUCUCCAAAGGAAACCUACGAGCCCCUGUGGGAAGACCUCUACGGGCAAUUGAAGAAGCUGGAGGUGCCGGUCCGGGGCAUUUGGAUGGCGGAUUCGUCGAAUCAGGGAGGCAGUGCGGUGCUGAAUGAGAAUGUGAUGGGGGACCAGACGAACUGGUACGACCACUCGCGCGAUCUUCUGCACAUGGUGAAUCAUUUCCGCGAGGAAAUGCCUCGUCCACUCAUCGGCGUGGCGCAUAGUUUGGGAUGUGCUCAACUCGUGAACCUCUCCAUCAUCCAUCCCCGCCUACUCUCCACCUUGAUGCUCAUCGAGCCCGUCAUAGUAGAAGUCGCCAUGGGCGGUCCCAACCCCGCCAUGCUGGCCAGUCGCCGGCGAGACCUCUGGGAAAGCCGCGAGAAAGCCAGCGCAUCACUCAGCAAGGGCCUCAGCAAGUGGGACCCGCGGGCCCGGGAGCGCUACCUCCGCUACGGACUGCGCCGCGUCCCCACUCGUCUCUAUGACCCGGCCACGGAUCCGCAAGUGCCCCCGACGGCCGUGACGUUGACAACCACAAAGCAUCAAGAGUCGUGGACCUUCUUCACGCCGAACCUCGAGCCUGAGGAGCUCGACCACCUCCUCAUUCCAGACUGGGACGCCGAAAAGGAACGUCCCUACCUGUACUCUCGGCCCGAGUGCUGGUCCGCCAUGCGCAACUUGCCUUUCUUGAGACCCUCCGUGCUCUGGGUGUUUGGCGGACGCAGCUACCUUUCGCUUCCUGAUGCGCAGGACUCGAAGAUGCGGAACACCGGGACGGGCAUCGGAGGCAGUGGUGGGGCGGAGAAGGGGAUGGUUGAGAAGGCGGUGCUGCCGAAGGGAGGGCAUACGCUGGUCUUUGAGCAGGUGGAUUGGUGCGCCCAGGUCAUGACUGAUUGGACGCAGCGGUGGUUUGGGAAGUGGUUGGAAGACGAGAAGUUCUGGCAGGAGUAUGUCAGUAGGCACUCGGAUGCUGGGAUGCUGAGGAUGUCGGACGAGGCGUUUCAGAUUGCGCAGAUGCAGAAUGGGACGAAGAGAUCGGAGAUGCAGAAUGGGACGAAGAGAUCGGAGAAGCCGAAGGGGAAGUUAUAAGGUACUGUCAUAGUAUUUGAGAUCUCAAGCAGUCGCUAUAGAGAAGCAUGUAUAUAAAUGGCUUACGGAAGCUCAUCGGGGACCCGAAGUGGGAGGCUUAUUAUCCCUCCGCUGAGUUCGAAGAAAGGCUUGAUCCAUAUC